CCGCGUUGCCGCCGCUCCAGUUUAUCAAUGUCACGCCGACGGAUGCCAACCGCUGGAGCAUCGCAGAUACAACGCUAGCUAUAUGAUCCGAAAAGAAAAACAAGACUUUGACUUCAAGUUUAAGUGGUUGGCCAGUGUUUUAUUUGUUGUUUUAAUCGACUAAACCCCAACCAAAUGGUCACCUGCGGCCGGCAAACGUUCAACAUGCUGCCCAUGGCGCCGACGAGUCCUUUUGUCAGCAGCAGCAGCACCUCGGUGGCCGCAUCCUCGACGUCCGUUUCCGCCAGCACGGUUUCCACCUCGGCGGGCAGUAAGCCCAAGUUGGCGUUCAGCAUCGACUCGAUUGUGGGCGAAUCCUCGACGAGAUCGGCGGCUCCUUUGAGGGUCAGUGUGAUAUCCUCGCCGCCGCCGCGCAGCGAAAGUCCCGCUUCGCCGACGAACACAAACAACAGCGGAAGGAGGUCGCCACGAGGAUAUAUCUACUGCCGGAGACGGGAUUCACUGGACCGAUCGAGAAGUCCACAAAGGUCGCCAGUCAGCCGCUCGCCAACGCCUCCAAAUGCAGGAGCCAAUCCUCCAGCGGUGGGGAAUCCUCAGAAGUCCAGUGAUUUACCCCCGGGAAUGGGCCAUCCACCAACCCUCAUCCGUCCGAUGCCUUUGCCGGCGCCAAAUCUAGCUUUAAUCCAGAACCGCACCUCACCGAACUCGAUGGCGGUACGAAUGGCGGGUCCGCCACACCCGCCGCCACCACCGCCCCCAUUCCUUGCCGCCCAGUUCCAAAUGGCUGCCGCCUUGGCGCAUCAUCACCAGCAGCAGCAGCAGCAACAACAGCAACUUCCGCCCGUGCCAACUGGACCGCCACAUGGUCCGCAUCCGCAUCUGCCGCCCGGCCAAAUUCCAAUGGGGAUCUUCCCGGGCGGACCGCAUCCCGUGGGUCAUCCGCCGCCCCACGGACAUCACCCAUUUGGAAGUUCUCCGCACCUGAUCCGCGAUAGCUAUCCACUGUAUCCUUGGCUGCUCAGUCGACAUGGACGCAUAUUUCCACGCUUUCCCGGCAAUUUUCUGUUCCAGCCUUUCCGCAAACCGAAGCGCGUUCGCACCGCCUUCUCGCCGACGCAGCUGCUCAAGUUGGAGCACGCCUUCGAGGGGAACCACUACGUGGUGGGGGCGGAGCGGAAGCAGUUGGCCCAGGGACUCAGUUUGACCGAGACCCAGGUAAAAGUGUGGUUCCAGAACCGCCGCACGAAGCACAAGCGGAUGCAGCAGGAGGGCGGCGACGGCAGCGACACCAAGAGCAAUAAGGGCAGCUCCUCGGGAGGCGGAGGAGGUGGCGAUGGGGACGAGGAUGCCAAGCACGAUGGAUCCCAGCACAGCUACGAGGACGCCGAGGAUCCGGAGGACGACGACGAGAUCGAGGAGGACGACGAGGACGAGGUGAUCGACAUGGACGACUACGGCAGCGAAAUGGACGCGGAGGAGCACCAGCGACUGCGGGAGCAGUUCCAGCAGCAGUUGGCCCAGCACCAGCAGCAGUUCCUCCAGCAGCAGCAACUCAACCCUGGAGAUGCAGCCAGCCUCAGUCCGCAGCAGCAACACCAGCUGCUGCAGCAGCACCAGCAACACCUGCAGCAGCAACACCAGCAGCAGCAGCAACACUUCAUCCAGCAGCAGCAACUAUAUCUGCGCGAAAGAGAGAGGGAGCGGGAAAAGUCCCGUGAGAGGGAAAGAGAGCGGGAAAAGCAGUAACUAACUAUUAGUUGCUAACCAGCUAGCUCCGCUAUUUUGUGUUCCUUUAAUUUCUUGUAAAUUAUUUGUCAACUGUAUAGCUUAAUUUAAAUUGUUUACUACCUAAAAAAUAAACAUCAAAGUGAAUAAAUAAUUCA